GUGCCGGAAACCGAAGUCUUUCUUUCCGGUUUAGCUUUGGCAGUAGGCAGUAGGCUGCAUCCAUAGCACUCCGUGGCAGAUUCCUCCAGAACAAAUACCACAUCGGGAAAUAUGGAGGAAACUUCAACAGACCAGAUUGUUGACGAUGCUGCGCCAGCAUUGCACGAGUAUGGACGAACGUUCGAUGUUAUUGACAUCGGGCCAGAUGGAACUUCAAUUCUGGGUUCGUCCAACAUGUGCACACGAUUUUGGGCGGGAAUCUUGUCUGUGUACAAUUCUCCUGAUGCUGUGACUGAUCAAACACAAUGUCAGUCAAGUAUGGAGUUCGAAGGUGGACUUUCCUGUGCAAAAUUUGUUUCUGGAUCAAAGGUUAUAGUAGGUCUGGAUUCGGGUUCUGUCUCACUUUUAAACGUUCGACCAGAAUCUGGUUCGGGAAUCGACAUGCUUGCAUCGGUCGUAGAGCACGACAACGUCGUGAGUUCGCUCAGUGUCAGUCGCGACGGUACACGAGCCCUGACCGGAAGCCUCGAUCGCAGUUUGAAGGUGUGGCACACCGAUUACCUUGUGUGCAGUCACACCUACCGGCCGGCCCACGCUGAUAUGGUCGUUAGCGUGGCAAUCCAUCCAGAACAGAACGAUAUGAUGGUUUCAUGCUCGGAGGACGGGUGUGUCAUAAUGUGGGAUUUGCGCAUGCCAAAACCGGCGUUGGGCAUUCCCAGGGAACAGUUUGCAAAUCGUCCCUCUUGCGUCUCUUUUGUUAAUCGCCGUGGAAUCAACCUCAUGAUAGGUACCGUCUCAGGCCACCUGAUUCAUCUUGAUGCUUCGUCUCCAAAAUCCGCCCCUUCCUUCGAGUUGGGUGCUCAUUCAAGGGCUGUACGUACUAUAUGCCCAUCAGGAGAAGAUGAUGACCAGCUUUUAAUAGCUACAUGUGCUGAAGAUCGUACCACUGUCGUUUCUUCCGUUAAUCCGGCUCAUCCGAGAAUUAUACACUCUGAUGAGCUUCACAAAGAUGUUGUUCGUGGCUUGGCCUGGUCGCCCAAAAUUGGCGAUCGCCAGCGUAUUUAUUCCUGUGGAUGGGAUCGUCAGGUCAUCGUCCACGACAUUAUUACCUCUUCUUGAAUACAUAUACCUCUUCGUUUUCGAAAAUGCACACUGUACUCCGACA